UGUUAUUUAUAUGUUAUGUCAUUGCAAAUUUGCAAUAAAUCAAUAACAAAUGACAGCUGAAAGGUUUUUAAUUUCUCAGGUAACUAAUUAGAUAUGUUUAUUACUGAAUACCGAUCAUAACGUACUGACACUAUUUUACCAAAAAAAAGAUCCGUUAAACCAAUGAAAUAAAUUAUUUAAAGGCUACCAUUGUCAAUUUUUUUGGUAACUAUAUUAAUUUUAGUAAGCAACUGGGCACAUAAAUUAGAACUUACUUUAUCCUUUUUUUUUUUCUGUUCUAACUUGGGUGCCCCUCUCUCUUUGGAGGAAGGGGACGUGCACCUUAGCACUAGUUUGUUGUGAUAUAAAGAAUCUCAGCUUUCUGUAUCCUCCAUCUGUCCCUUAGCACUACCCUACUUAAAAUAAGAAAUUUGCCUCUGUUGCUUCCACACGAUGAGCAGUGUGAAAAGUGAAGCAUAUACAGGUGGUAAUUGUCUGAGGUUGCUAAUGCAGUAACAAAGAAUAUUAUAAGAUCAAGAGGGUGGGGUGGAUGAAAAAGCAAAUGGUUCAUUGGUUGUAAAUGGAGUUAUUUAUAUGCAAAGAGAGUGAGGACAAUGGAAGCCAGCACUUUUCCGGCUAUUUAACAUUCACUGAGGCAUUCAAAAAUGGGUUUUGCCAAUAAUGGUUACAUGUCAAGGAUAGCAAGUUUCUAAACAUAGGAAAAAUCUAUAUAACUAACAGAAAUAACCCUCAUAUAUGCUGCAUAUUCAGUUGCCACAUUUUUUUUGUUAAUAUUAUAAUAGACUUUCUUGCCUGUUUCUUUCAGGUCCCAGAUUGAGUGAUGUAGAUGCCAAUGUCUACUUAAAAGGAGUGGUUGCUUGUGUCUCUCAUUGUGACCUUCAAAUUAUAAUUUCUUAUAUCUUAAAAUUGCUCAUAUUUUUUGUUCUUCUCCUGUAGUUUCUUUUUUUUUUUUCUGCCUGCUAACUUACCAAGAUCUCACGUUUUCACAAUUGGGUUAAAUUCUUUAUUGUUCAGGCAAACAAACCUGUCAGUACUUCCUUAGAAGUUAUCUAACAACUGUGCGUGUUGAUAUUAAUUUAUGCAUCUUAACAAAAUAGAAUUGAAUUACAAAUAUCUCUUAGUUUUGUUCCCAUUAAAUUGUGUAGAAAUUAUCUUUAUUUCUUCAAAUUGUUAUUAAACUAACUCAAUUAACUUUCCCUGUAGUCUCUCCAUUUUGUUGUGAUUGCUAACAAAUGCUAACUGGUACAUCUUAUUCUUGAAAAUUGACAUUUUUGAAGCAGAAAUUUUGCGUGUAACCACGCUGUUGGGGAAUGCAUCAGUUUUAGGUCAAAGUGGGCUUGAACAAGCUAGCCCCCUGGCUUCUGCAGGAAUAUUUUCAAAUGGAGGAGCUGAUGUGAAUGGAUGGGCAUCACGGUUUCCAUCAGAAGUACGACACUAACCA